AUGGCUCAAACAUCUGCAACUGCAGCUACAACUACCCAAGAUCAAGUAUUAGCUCGAGGUGAACAGUCAUUACUGAAAAAUUUUAAAGAUCUUAUUACUCAGCUACCGUCACAGAGUAUUAUUGAAUCAUACAGGUUAAGUUCUGUGUGUGUGGCGUCUACAAAUGAAACCACGGAGUCCAAAAUCAAGAUGCAAUUAUUGCAUUUUCUUGAAGAGAAAAAUUACAAACAAAUCGCCAACGUGCUCGAAACAUGGUCUGCUCAGGAUGUUGAUGGAAUGAUUGAAACCUUGGGGAGAAAAACUAUAGCAGAUCUCAUUAAAGCGAUUAUUCAGGAUGUUCGACGCGAGACUUUUGAAACGCUUCUUAGUUUCCCAAUAGAAAACAUUGCUAAACAGCGUAAAAUUCCAUUAACCUCUACAGGAUCAGGAUCAGGAUCAUAUAGUUUAUAUGGAAAGAUGAACAAGUUGCAAGGCAAGUUGAAUAAACCAAAGGUUAAAUCAGAUCGAUUCAAAUCUGUUCACCAAGUGAGACAAAUUUAUCAAAACAUUUUAUACGUCCAAGGCCAAGAACAUUUCUACGAACGUGAAAAGAGGGUGGAUAUAUACAACAGCUCUAACCUUACCGGACAUAAGCUUACAGCGUGCGAUUAUGAGAAUUUAAUGACUUUGGAAAUAAACCACUUGAAACCUGACUUGGCUAGUAAAUGGCUUCGACAAUUUAAACUUUCACAUGGCGAAAAUUGGAGGGAUCAAAUGACUCCGCGCAUGUGGACCUUGGCUGUGCAAACAGAACUUUAUGGAAAUGAUAGACUUUGGAGCAUUACUCGCAAAGAUUUCUCAUCUUUCUCAAAACAUCAAGCCAAGUCCAAGUUCAGACCGCGUGGAAAUCUAACAUUCAAUGACAUCAAGGGUCAUUUGGUUGAAUUCGACCUUGAGUUCCAUAGAUCGUGUUUGCUUUCUUAUGCAUAUAGUCACCAGGUUGAUAAACUUCAGACAUAUAUAAAAUCUUUAUGGAACAUUGAUUCCAAUGGAAAAUUAGUUGGCGCAAAACUUUCGCAAGAUAGUCAUUUGUAUCCUGAUUACAAGCUUGUUAUUACAAUAUUAGUUGCAUUUUCCCAUGCCGGAGACUUUUUUUCCGGGGUCAAAUAUGUCAAUGCUUUCCAAAAUGAAUAUGGAGUGCACGGUCAAGUAGGUGCAAAAACACUUUAUGAACAGUUGUUUAAGUGGGCCGAUGUGAGCACAAACUAUACAGAAGAAUCAGCACUUAAAUAUCUUCUCAAGGAAAGCAAAUAUGCACGAGGACUGGAAAUUGAGCUUGAAGAUGCCAAGAACGAUGCAAAUUUCGAUUAUGAUGGAUAUUUGCAAAUGAUCAAUAGACUCAAGUCUGAUCGAAGCUUAAUCUUUGACCAACUAUGGAAGCUGAUGCAAUCUUCUGACCCUGAUGUGCCAUUUUCGACCUCUACAUACAAAAUAUAUUUGGAACACUUGAGAGAAGAGCCAGAUGAAACAAGACUUUAUCAUUACUUAGAAUGUUUAUUGAAGCAGUACAAUGCCAAUUUCGUUGAUCCAGAGUCAUUUACAAAAAGAUCGGGGUUGGGGUUCACGGUAGUUAAAGAUCCGUCAACUGCAAUUCAUAUAUAUUACCUUGAAGCUAUGAAGGAUAUCAUUGACUUGAAAGGGUUCUCCAAAAAAUUGGGUCAAAUUGAACCCUUGAUUGAGAAAUGGAGUCUUGAUAAGGAGAUGGAGGAGGAUUUGAGAAUAUGGUUAGAGGAAAGGCUACCGCUAUACAAGGAGAACUUGGAGCAAGAGCGUCAAAAGUUUGAAGAAAACUUGUCGAAAGAAGAGGACUCUUUUCUUGAUUUGAUAUAG